GUUCAUGUCCAGGAACUGUGCCUAUGUUAUCUUUGUUGUCAUUGGACAUAUCCUGGAACUUACCAUGUUGAUUGCUUUAUUUUUUUCUUGCAUAGUUGUCAUACCUUUGGUGGCAGGAAGUGAUGCUCCUUGUCAUAACAUUGGUGGAACAUGCCAAGACGACCAUUUGCAUUGCUCCGGAAGUUACGCCACUGGCUUGUGUUCAGGGGAUGCUCAUCGUCGAUGCUGUUCAUCACAUACAGCCGUGGACAUUGGAGGUUGCAGUGGGGUUAAGAUAUACUCGCGCGAUAGCUGGGGCGCACGGCAACCAAAGAGCUUCUCCACUUUCCACACUCCCGCCAGUUUGUUCUUCAUCCACCAUACCGCGGGGCAUGGAUGUCACGACUUCGACAGCUGUGCACAUACUCUAAGGGGAAUCCAGAAUUACCACAUGGAUACACGAGGUUGGAAUGAUAUCGGAUACAGUUUCCUUGUGGGCCAAGAUGGCAACGUAUAUGAGGGUCGGGGCUGGCAUCACGUGGGUGCGCACACGCAGGGGUACAACAGCCGGGGGUUCGCUGCCUCAUUCAUGGGGAACUUUAUGACCCACCUCCCCAACGCGGCAUCUAUGAAUGCAGUAAAAGCGUUGAUAGCGUGUGGUGUCCAGAAAGGUUACAUCUCUCCCAGCUACCACCUGUACGGUCACCGCGAUGUGGGCUCCACCGAGUGUCCCGGGGACCAGCUGUACAAAGAGAUCCAGUCGUGGCCUCAUUACAGCCACACACAUCCUUAAAGAGCAGUCUAUGCGAACUUUUACUUGCAUUCCUCAUCAUGAUAUCUAUGACAAAUGAAUGCUUUCAAUUGUCUUUUUUUUUUUUUUUUUUUUUUUUUUUACAAAAUGAUGCACACAAAGUACGUAUUUACACUGUAAAACACGAUUGUAGCAUGGUGCCUGGGACAACCGAUUUAAAUUGCAUGGGUUCUUUAAAACCAUAAUUUUUUAGUUUACCAUAUCUGUAUAUUCGAUAAUUUCGUAAUACAAUUAUAAUAAGAUGCAUCAGUAGAAAAAAGCUGACUUCGA